UUGUAAUUCUAGAAUGAUGGAGGGAAAGAGAUCAGACUCACCAGAACCCAGCUGUGUGUCCAUGAAGAGUGACGCGUCAAUGGGAGUUCCAAUGCGCUUCAGAGACAGAGACAGUUCUACUGAUGUGAGACCACAAAAAUCAAACAUCAGCACAAAUCAGCUGGACUCUAUAUUCAAGGAGCUGGAACACAAAGUCAUCACUCUGAUAAAGAAUGAGCUGAAGAGGUUUAGGAAGCUCCUGAGUCCAGAUUACCCAGCAUGCACUGAGAGGGAGGUGGAGGAUGAGGAGGAUCUGCACAGUGUCAGAGAGGGAGCGCUGAAGAUCACACUGCACGUCCUGAAGAACAUGAACCACACAGAUCUCGUUAACACACUGCACAACAAAUCUGUAGGUUCUGUUUAUCAGCCAAAGUUGAAGUCCAAUCUGAGAGAGAAGUUUAAAAGAAUUAAUGAAGGAAUCUCACAGCAUGGAAGCUCAGCACUUCUGAAUGAGAUCUACACUGAGCUCUACAUCACAGAGGGUUGGAGUGGAGACGUCAAUAAUGAACAUGAGGUGAGACAGAUUGAGGCAGCAUCCAGGAGACCAGUAACACAGGAGACACCCAUCAAAUGUAAUGAGCUCUUUAAAGACAAGUCCAUCAGAACUGUGCUGACUAAAGGAGUUGCUGGAAUUGGAAAAACAGUCUCUGUGCAUAAGUUCAUUCUGGACUGGGCUGAAGGAGAAGUAAAUCAGGACGUCUUCUUCAUGUUUCCACUUCCCUUUAGAGAGCUGAAUCUGAUGAAGCAGCAAAAUCUCAGUCUGAUUAAACUUCUUCAUCACUUAUUCCCAGAAAUAAGAAAACUAGAAUCAAUAGAUUGUGACUCUUAUAAAGUGGUGUUGAUCUUUGAUGGUCUGGAUGAGUGUCGACUUCCUCUAAAUUUCCAGAAGAAUGAGAUAUUGUGUGAUGUGACAGAGUCAGCCUCAGUGGAUGUGCUGCUGACGAACCUCAUCAAGGGGAAUCUGCUUCCCUCUGCUCUUCUUUGGAUAACCACAAGACCAGGAGCAGCCAAUCAGAUCCCUCCUGAGUGUGUAGACCAGGAAGAGGAUCAGUGA